UGUGGUAACCUAAAAUCGGUAAAUAACCUCAAACCUCACCUUGUCUGGAGCUGUAAAAUUUAAAACUGAAUUGAAGGAAGAAAUAUAGAAGAAAUCAAUAAGCAAUCAUGGUUGAAGAACAAAGACAAAGAAUAGAACAGCAAAUGACAAAAAUGAUAAACGAAUUAGACAUUAUGUACAUUCGUAAAAUUCAGGCAGAUAUGCAUAGAUGUGCGGCUAAAUGCUGUGACAAUAAUAAAAUUUCUUUAGAAGGCGUCCAAAAAUGUGUAGAGAAUUGUUCAGCAACAUUGAAUUGGACACAAAAUUAUGUUCAAACUAAUCUGAAUAUGUUUCAAAAUAAACUGCAACGAUGUGUGAUGGAUUGUAAUGAUGACAUAAAAGUAAAAAUGGGGCCCAAUCCAACUGAUUCUGAGGUGGAAAAGUUUACUGCUCUUUUUGAAAAUUGUGCUAAAAAUUGUGUUGAUAAACAGAUGGAGUAUUUACCAUCACUUAUAAAAAAGAUGAAGAGGGAUAUCGCAGAAAAUGUGAAAGAUAAUUUAUAACAAUCAGUAGGUAAUUGAUCAAUAGUAGUAAAAAAUAAUUUUUUAAAAUACAUGUGUGUAACAUUGA